GGGCGCUCUCCCGGAAGCAGCCUUUGGGCUGUCAGAGGGGCAAUGGCCGCCGCGGCGCUGGGAGCUUCCGCGCGCAUUCUGCGCCUUCCAAGCUGGUUUAUGGGGACUUGGCAGACACAGAUUAGAAACACCCACCAGCGAGCUACUUUGUUGUCCUUCUGGGAACUCAUUCCCACGAGAGCAGAACCACUGAAAAAGAAGAAGAAGGUAGAUCCUAAAAAAGACCAAGCAGCAAAGGACCGUUUGAAAAAGAGGAUCCGAAGACUGGAAAAGGCUAGCCAAGAGCUAAUUCCCAUUGAAGAUUUCAUUACCCCUGUGAAGUUCUUCGAUAAAGAGAGACAGCGACCCCAGGUGGAGCUCCCGUUUGAGGAGAGUGAGCGGAGAGCACUGCUUCUGAAGAAGUGGUCCCUGUACAAGCAAAAAGAGCAUGAGAUGGAGAGGGAUGCCAUCAGGUCAAUGCUUGAGGCCCAGCAGGAAGCUCUACAGGAACUGCAGCUCACAUCCCCAGAACUCCAUGUGGAAGCCACCAAGAAGGACCCCAACCUGUUCCCUUUUGAGAGGGAAGGGCCAGAUUACACACCACCGGUCUCCAACUAUCAGCCUCCUGAAGGCAGGUACCAUGACAUCACCAAGGUGUACACACAGGUGGAGUUCAAGAGAUAGAACUAUAGACAGCUGUCCUCAGAGCAUAUGCUCUUGAGAACCAGAAUGAUGAGAGUUCAAGCCUGCUUGCCAGGCAUUCAAGCGUGCUGUGAAUAAAUAUGAGUUUAAUUGUCUGUGUUUUAUGCGUCAAAAUUUACCUGAUGAUGCUUGGGUUGAGAGAAGCUACCCCCUUCUUGCCAGGUGCUGGAGAGAGGAUGACCAAGAUGCAAGCUACCUCCAGUAAAAAUAUUCCAGUUGCAUGUUGCGGACUCUCUGGGUCAAAGUAACCCCAGCAGAGCAGAGGUGAAGCACAUGCAGCUGUUGCUGACUGCACAGACUUGCAGAGAAGAGGCAGGGCUCUUCUGGUGGGACAUACAGAGCACAGGAGGCCCUUGCAACAUCAGCUAGCUUUGAGUUUUAAGUUGGAGAGAAUGGAGCAAGCCAGGGACAUCCUUGUUAACAAAGUUGCUGUGUCCCCCAGGCCUGACUGUUGCAGAGGGCUGUCUUUGUUCAAGUGCUUUUAAUCUGGAUUGGUAUGUGUACUAGUGUACUGGGGCUGCCAAAAUAAAGUACUAAGCUGCAUGGAAGCUGCACCUUAACAGAAGUGUUU